AUGUGCACCGAGUAUCUCAUCACCACGAUUGUCGCUGGAAAGACGACAACAACGUCGGAAUUCGAUACCUGUCCCGACUUGCCUCCAUCCGGGAAUGUCAAGGAAUGUCCUAAGUACGCGUUGAAACCGGCUGGGUCGAGCCGACGAAAGGCAGGCCCCCUGCCUGACUGGACGACAAAGAAAUAG